CUCUACUGUAACAGCUGCAAAUAGGUUGGGAACAACCAAGCUAGGUUGGCAAGGGUGGCCAACUUGGAUGGAUUGGUUGGGAAGGGACAAAGGUCAAAGUUGAGGUUCCUAUAGGGAGGGAAUCUUUGUGCUUAUGGGGUUUCCUUGGUUGGGGACUCUCUUGAGACCUUCCCUCUCAUCCCUCUCUUCUAUCCCAACCUUUCUCUUGCUCCUCUAAUUCCUUGUGAGAUUCUUGAACUUUGAUUGAACUCUUGAGAUUGAGUUAAGUUCUCCUCCUACAGCUUACCCCCUAAUGCGUCGAAAGCUAUAGCGUCGCGAAUACUUCAUUAAUUAACGUGAUUCAAAUUGGGAACGGUAGCUGAGAUUAAGAGCUACAACAUAUCCGAGUUUCGCGACAUUCCAACGGCUAGUUUUUCGUCGACGUCGUUUCUUGUGAAGACGACUUUUCUGUCCAGAAUUUCGAAUUUAUAUUUUUGAGUAAUUCUAGCUCCUAAGUUCACCUAGACUCCGUCCUUAAUCCUAACAAGUGGUAUCAGAGCAAUAUAAAGGACAUUGAGAGGAGUCUACAGAAGUGUGAAGACCCUUCUAGACCCACCAUGGCCUGUGGGUGUGCCUAAGUGGUGUUCUAAAGGUUGGAUGUGACUUCCGCUAAGGGGAAACUCUGCCGAAAUUUCGUGGACGCCGACACUUGUGAAAAUAUCGAGGGAGCUGAGUGUGGACAGCAAAGGGGAGCUGAAAUUCGUCAUUUCUCAAGGAGAAGAUGAAUGAGAGAGGAGGAGAUGCUAAUGGAAGAGGAGCUGUAGCUGAGAAGACAAGUGAGCCACCGCCAUCAAAAGUUGAAGCUUUGGAUGGCUCCAACUAUGAGGAAUGGAGCGGACGGAUGAGGAGUGCCUUCAAACGCUACAAGCUACUGAAGAUUGCUGUUGGGGAAGAGAAGAUGCCGGAAGAAGACGAAGCACGCGAACGGUGGAUUGAGAAAAGCGCGGUGCUUUUCGACCUCAUCCUUCAAUCGGUCAACAAGGAGAUGUUCGAGCACAUCAAGGAUCUUGUGGAAGCGGAUGAUUCGGGUCCAAGGGCGUGGAAACUACUACGUGAUGUGAUUCAGCCCAACACUCUCCCAAUGGUGAUCGUGCUCGAGAAGGAACUUGCUGCCAUCUCCAUGCGACCAGGGGACGAUGUGAAGCCGGUCCUUGACAAGAUCAAGGACACCUAUGCAAGGAUGGCAGCAGCAAGCAGCAGUGUAUCUCAGCUGCAGCAGUGCACCAAGAUCAUCUCGGUGUUGGACAACUCUUGGGACAACCUCAUCCCCACCCUCAACUCUCAGCAAGAUCAAUGGACACCUGAGUGGCUAAGGCAGCAGAUUCUGCAGGAGGACUUCCGCAGACGCCAUGUGGGAGGCGGUGCUGCCACUAAGACUGCUGAGGGGUAUGGAGCUGCAGGGCGCGGCAGAGGAAGAGGGGGUUGGAGAGGCCGAGGCCGUGGGAGGAGCUUUGGCAGAGGUAGAGGCCGAGGUGGCUAUAAUGAGGGGCAUGGGAGCUCUAGUGGCAGGGGGAGUACCAGAAUGGAGGGCACCUGCUGGUACUGCAAGAAGAUCGGGCAUCCUUGGUUCAAGUGCUUCAGCAGGCCGGAGGGAUGGGCACCUCCAGGCAUGAAGCCCCCCAGUGGUGAACGCGCACAAGGUGGCGCUGUGCAAGGCUCAGGUGCACAAGGUGAAGGUGCACAAGGUAAUGCCUAUCCUGGUUUGUUUCUUAUGGUUGAGGAUGUGCAUGGGCAUGAGGGUGAUGUGGGAUCUGUGGGAAAGGUUGUGAUGCACCCUCUCACGCACUGGGUGAUUGAUUCGGGUUGCACCAGUCACAUGACCCCACGGGCAGAUUUGCUUGAUGAGGUAAAAACCCCUGGGAAGAUCAAGUAUGUGGCAGCAGCGUCAGGUGCUUUGCUCCCUGUCAUUGGUGUUGGAAAUGCCAAGGUUAAGGGAGCUAAUGGGGAGCUUGUGGGGCUUGGGAAUGUUCUGCUGGUUGAAGGCUUGUCUGCUAACCUUCUCUCUGUGCGACGACUGCAGAAGAGCAAGGCCGAAGUGACCUUUGGACCAACCAGCUGCCGUGCUAAGCUUGGGAAGAAGGUGCUGUGGAGUCUGGAAGAGGAGACCAGCUGCAUCAAGGACCUAUGGCAGCUGCCCAUCAUCCCUUGGAAUGGGAAGACUCCAACAACAGCAACGGCAGCAGCGGCAAAGGCAACAGCAGGAGGAGAUGCAACUGCACCAACUGAUGGGGUCCUGGAAGCAGUUAAGAAAGUGCAGCAGCAGCAGACACAUGGUGAGGUGCUUGCUGGUGUGGAUGCGAGUGCGGCAUGGGCUAAGGCUUCAUCAAGGAGUGGAGAGGCCGAUUGGGAGACAUGGCAUGAGAGGCUGUGUCAUGUGAACUUCCCUAUGCUGCAGAAGUUGGUGAAGAAUGGGAGCCUGAAGGGCUUGGAGGUGAAAGGGGGAGUGAAGGAGAUUGGGAGCUGCCCUACAUGCUUGGAGACCAAGUUCUCCAAGUUCCCCUUCAACAGCACUACAGGACCAGCCAAGACCCCACUUGCACUUGUGCACAUGGAUGUGGUGGGGCCCACAAGAGCCCCUUCCCUCUCAGGCAGCCGCUAUUUCUUGACAAUUGUGGAUGACCACACUCGGGCAGUGUGGGUUUACCCUUUGAAGAGCAAGGGGGAGGUGGCAGCGGCUGUCCUUAAGGAGUGGAUGCCUAGAGCUCAGAGGGAAUGCGGAUACAAGGUGAAGGUGAUCCGCAGUGACAAUGGUGGGGAGUUCAUUGGAGCUGAUUUUGAGGGGGAGUUGAAGAGGAAGGGGAUCCAGCAUCAACUGACAGUGCCCUACAACCCGCAGCAGAAUGGUGUGGCUGAGAGGUUCAACAGGACCCUGCAGGAGGGGGCACGCACCCUCCUUGGGCGUGCAGGGCUGCCUGAUCCGUUUUGGGUGUCUGCACUGAGGCAGGUCGCCCUUGUGAAGAACAGGGUGCUGGCUACAGUUGGAGAUAAGGAGUGGAUCCCAUAUACCAAGUGGUAUGGGAGUGCUCCAGCUGUGAAUAUGCUGAGGGCUUUUGGGUGCAUGGUGGUGUUUCAUGUGCCUAAGGAGAAAAGAGGGAAGUUGGAGGCUUCUGGAAGAUGGGGUGUGCACUUGGGGAUUGCAAAGGAUCACAAAGCGUGGCUGCUAUGGGACUUGACCACCCAGAAGCUGACAGUGUCAAGGGAUGUGAAGUUUCUUGAGUCCCUGUACUACAAGGAAUGGAAGCAGCAGCAACAGAAGCUUCCAUCUACACCGCUCAUUGUGGAGGUAGAUGAGGUGCAGCGGCCUUCAAGACAGGUGGAGGUUGCAGUGUCUGAGGAGGAGAUGUCUGGGGUGACUGAGGAAGAGGGAGCAGCUGAGGUGGAGCAGCAGCAGCAGCAUGAGUCUCCACCUCGAGUUCCACACCCGCCUGAGCGACCUAGGAGGGAUGUGCGCCCUCCAGUGAGGCUGACCUAUGGGGGAAGAGGCAAGCCGAAUGUGGUGCAGGCUGGGAGUGUGGUUGAGCAGAUUGAGGAAGAUGAGAUCGCUCACUGCUACUGGGCACCAAUCCCUGAGCCCAAGACUCGAGAGGAGGCUUUGAAUGGACCAAAUGGGGAGAAGUGGAAGGCGAGUGAGGAUGAGGAGUUUGGGUCCCUGAUUGAGAACGAGACAUGGGACCUGUGUGACUUGCCUCCUGGGAAGAAGGCAAUCACUUCCAAGAUGAUCUACAGGCACAAGUAUGGACCUGAAGGGGAGCUGACCCGCUACAAGUCUAGGCUUGUGGCACGGGGGUUUCAGCAGACAAAGGGGAAGGACUAUGAUGAGGUGUUUGCUCCUGUGGGGAAAGGAACAACACUGAGGGUGCUGUUGGCGAUAGCUGCACUCCUGGGAUGGAAGAUACGGCAGAUGGACAUUGUGACUGCCUUUCUGAAUGGGAUCAUUCUGGAGGAGGUGUACAUGAAGCAGCCAGAGGGGCUGGAUGAUGGGAGCGGCAGGGUCUGCAGGCUGAAGAAGGCAAUCUAUGGCCUUAAGCAGGCGCCUCGUGCAUGGUAUCACAAGUUGAAGGAGGCGCUGGUGGCUGGGGGUUUCAAGAAGAGAAGUAGUGUGGCUAAGGCGUUUGUUGGAGGAGUUGGGAGUUGGUCAGGAGAAGCCGACAGUUGUGUUUUGUGACAAUGAGUCCGCUGUGAAGCUCGCCAAGAAUGCUCGUCUGCAUGGGCUUACAAAACACAUAAGGCCUAAGUGGCACUGGGUGAGGAGACUCCUUGAUAAGGAGGUGCGGCUGGAGAUCGUGAAAACCCAUCAGCAGGCAGCAGAUAUUUUCACCAAGCGUCUGGCGGAGGCGGAUCAUUGGAAGGGCAUGAAGCUUGCUGGGAUGAGUGUGCAUUGAGUAUGCAUGCUUGAGAUGUUGGUAUGGUGGAUGAUGGUUGGCAGCCAGAGGGGGAGAUUGUUGUGUGAUGUCAUCAUAUGCUAUCACAUUCUGUCUGCCUCCCAUCCCAUAUUUUUCAACUUGCAUGUGUGGUUUGAACGUGUGCAAGAAUUUGUGUGUGAUGUGUUCUGGAGUUUGGGAAUGUGUUUUGUGUUAUUUUGUUUGAGCAGGUUUUUUGUGAUGAUAGAUCUUGAGAAGAUCUUUCCGACGCAACGAGAAUCCCUUCAAUCGGAGCAAGAACGCGAAAGCUAUGAAGAUUCAAAGUUCAUGAGCUUGCGUUACAAUUGCGGCGGUUACAAAGUGAAGUUGUGGGGUGACUUUAUAUGGAGUUGGGACCUUUGGGGUUGGGUAAACUUGUCACUCUACUGUAACAGCUGCAAAUAGGUUGGGAACAACCAAGCUAGGUUGGCAAGGGUGGCCAACUUGGAUGGAUUGGUUGGGAAGGGACAAAGGUCAAAGUUGAGGUUCCUAUAGGGAGGGAAUCUUUGUGCUUAUGGGGUUUCCUUGGUUGGGGACUCUCUUGAGACCUUCCCUCUCAUCCCUCUCUUCUAUCCCAACCUUUCUCUUGCUCCUCUAAUUCCUUGUGAGAUUCUUGAACUUUGAUUGAACUCUUGAGAUUGAGUUAAGUUCUCCUCCUACAGCUUACCCCCUAAUGCGUCGAAAGCUAUAGCGUCGCGAAUACUUCAUUAAUUAACGUGAUUCAAAUUGGGAACGGUAGCUGAGAUUAAGAGCUACAACAUAUCCGAGUUUCGCGACAUUCCAACGGCUAGUUUUUCGUCGACGUCGUUUCUUGUGAAGACGACUUUUCUGUCCAGAAUUUCGAAUUUAUAUUUUUGAGUAAUUCUAGCUCCUAAGUUCACCUAGA